AUGGCUCCCAGUGGCACUAGUGACGACAAUCCCGGUAACUUUGCUAACCGUCCCAAGGAGGAGGUCCAAGCCAUCGCUUCCAAGGGCGGCCAGUCCAGUUAUUCGGGCGGCUUUGCAAGCAUGGACCCAACUUCAUCUACUUUGGCUAGUGAUAACCCUGGCAACUUCGCUAACCGCCCCAAGGAAGAUGCCCAGGAGGCUGGUCAUAAGGGAGGCUCCAAGUGA